CUUGGUGAGCAUCUAUUGGCUGGACCAGGGCACACAAAACGAAAUUUGUCAAUCAGUUUAUGUCUUUCGCAAGGAUUUAAUCGGAUUGUUUAUUUCGUCGAGCAUCCGAGGCGUUCAUUAAACCUUUGUGAGAGAAAAUGUCCCGCAGGUUAGGCAUCAGGUAGUGCGCCGUCUGACUGAUCCAGCCCCCAAAAAAACGAAACAGGAGAUGUAUUUCAAAUUGUGCUCACUAUUUUUGCCAUUUUAUACCCUCCGGACUACAGGAUGGGGCUCAUGAAUCACCAUACGGCUUCGAUGCUAUAGCUGCUACUGUGGAUGGUACAAACCUAAAGACCAGGUAGCUGCAGGAUGAAAACAUGGCUGCACCCCUUAUUGCACCGCCAGGACCUGAUAGCUUCAAGAAGUUUACUUUGGAAUCUUUGGCGAUUAUUGAGCUGCGCAUCAAUGAGGAGAAAAACAAGAAGCCUCCCAAGCAGGACAGCAGCUACCGCGACGAUGAUGACGAGAACAAGCCCAGACCCAACACUGACCUGGAGGCUGGGCGGAGCCUGCCCUACAUCUACGGGGACAUCCCUAAGGGAUUGGUGGCGGUACCACUGGAGGACCUGGACCCAUACUACCUGAAUUCUCAGAAAACAUUUAUAGUACUAAAUUCAGGGAAGACAAUCUUCCGUUUUAGUGCCACAUCUGCCUUGUACUUCAUAAAUCCUUUAAACCCGUUUAGGCGAGUAGCUAUUAAAAUUUUGAUACAUUCUCUUUUCAGCAUGAUCAUUAUGUGUACUAUUUUGACCAACUGUAUAUUCAUGACCUUUAGUGAUCCUCCUGAGUGGUCAAAACAAGUAGAGUACACAUUCACAGGAAUUUAUACAUUUGAGUCUCUUGUAAAAAUCUGCGCACGUGGAUUCUGUAUAGACGGGUUUACAUUCCUCAGAGACCCAUGGAACUGGUUGGAUUUCAUGGUCAUUUCGAUGGCAUAUAUAACAGAGUUUGUGGACCUGGGCAAUGUAUCUGCGCUGAGAACAUUCAGAGUUCUCCGAGCAUUGAAAACUAUCUCUGUCAUUCCAGGCCUGAAGACCAUUGUGGGCGCCCUGAUCCAGUCUGUGAAGAAGCUUUCGGAUGUGAUGAUCCUGACCGUCUUCUGCCUGAGCGUCUUUGCUCUCAUCGGUCUCCAGCUCUUCAUGGGAAACCUGCGCCACAAGUGUGUGUUCUGGCCAAUCAACAUGACCAAGAGCUUCGAUUGGAAGGAUUACAUCCUGAAUGAUACCAACUACUACUUCCUGCCUGGCCAGUUGGACGCUCUUCUCUGUGGGAACAGCUCCGACUCUGGCCGCUGCCCGGAGGGCUACACAUGCAUGAAAGCUGGGAGGAAUCCAAACUACGGCUACACCAGCUUUGACAGCUUCGGCUGGGCCUUCCUGGCUCUCUUCCGCCUCAUGACACAGGACUUCUGGGAAAACCUUUACAUGCUGACGCUGAGGGCGGCAGGGAAGACCUACAUGCUCUUCUUUGUGCUGGUGAUCUUUGUGGGCUCGUUCUACUUGGUGAAUCUGAUCUUGGCUGUGGUGGCCAUGGCUUACGAGGAGCAGAACCAGGCCACCAUGGAAGAGGCUAUUCGGAAGGAGGAGGAAUUCAAGGCCAUGCUGGAUCAGCUCAAGAGACAUCAGGAAGACGUCCAGAUGGCUGCCAUGGCAACCUCUGCGGGGACAGUGUCAGAGGACGCGGUAGAGGACGAUGGAGGAGGGCGUCUGUCAUGCAGUUCCUCUGAGAUGUCAAAGCUCAGCUCCAAGAGUGCAAAAGAGCGGCGCAAUCGUAAGAAGAAGUGGCGGCAGAAAGAGCAGGACAAGGAGAAAGGCGACAGCGAGAAGUUUGUCAAGUCAGAGUCGGAUGACGGCAGCAAGAGGAGCCGAUUCCGGUUCCCUGAUAAUCGCCUCGGUCGAAAGUCUUCCAUUAUGAACCAGUCCCUCCUCAGUAUACCCGGCUCGCCUUUCCUGUCCCGCCACAACAGCAAGAGCAGCAUCUUCAGCUUCAAGGGCCGUGGUAAGGACGUGGGCUCAGAGAACGAGUUUGCAGACGACGAGCACAGCACGGUGGAGGAGUGUGAGGAGCGCCGGGGCUCGCUGUUCAGCCCCUAUCGACGGAACAGCUACAGCGGCUUCCACGGGAAGAGGAACAGCACGGUGGACUGCAACGGCGUUGUGUCGCUCAUCGGCCGUGGGCCCGGUGGACGCCUUCUGCCUGAGCCGACUACUGAGGUUGAGGUGAAGAAGAAAAUGUCGGGCUCCCUGAUGGUGUCUGUGGACCAGCUCAAUACCUCCUUUGGGCGGAAAGAGCGGGCCAACAGUGUCAUGAGCGUCAUUACCAACACACUAGUGGAGGAACUGGAGGAGUCUCAGCGCAAGUGUCCGCCAUGCUGGUAUAAGUUUUCUAACACAUUCCUGAUCUGGGAGUGCUCCCCCAACUGGAUUAAGACCAAGGAGAUUAUGAACCUGAUUGUCAUGGACCCCUUCGUGGAUUUAGCCAUCACCAUCUGUAUCGUCCUCAACACCCUCUUCAUGGCCAUGGAGCACUACCCCAUGACCCCCGACUUUGAACACAUGCUGUCUGUAGGCAAUCUGGUGUUCACAGGGAUCUUUGCAGGAGAGAUGCUUUUCAAGCUGAUGGCUAUGGACCCGUAUUACUACUUCCAGGAGGCCUGGAACUGUUUUGACGGUUUCAUUGUGACGCUGAGUUUAGUGGAGCUGGCUCUGGCCGACGUGGAAGGCUUGUCUGUGCUGCGGUCAUUCCGAUUGCUGAGAGUGUUUAAGCUGGCCAAGUCAUGGCCCACCCUCAACAUGCUGAUCAAGAUCAUUGGUAACUCGGUGGGAGCCUUGGGAAACUUGACUCUGGUGCUGGCCAUCAUCGUCUUCAUCUUUGCCGUGGUGGGUAUGCAGCUGUUUGGCAAGAGCUACAAAGACUGUGUGUGUAAGAUCAAUAUUGAAUGCGAGUUGCCCCGCUGGCACAUGAACGACUUCUUCCACUCCUUCCUGAUCGUCUUCCGGGUGCUGUGCGGUGAAUGGAUUGAGACCAUGUGGGACUGCAUGGAGGUCGCGGGUCAGGGCAUGUGUCUCCUCGUCUUCAUGAUGGUCAUGGUCAUCGGUAACCUGGUGGUGUUGAACCUGUUUCUUGCCUUGCUGCUGAGCUCUUUCAGCGCCGACAACUUGGCUGCAACAGAUGACGACGGUGAGCCCAACAACCUGCAGAUUUCCGUAAAGCGUAUCAAGAUAGGCAUUGCAUGGUUUAAAGCAAAGAUGCGCAUAGUGGUGGCCAGUCUGCUGAAGAAACCACAGAUGGAGGACGAGCAUAAGCCUUUGGACGACAUGUAUGACAAGAAGCUGAACUGCAUUGCUAACCACAGCGGGGUGGACAUCAACCGUGACCUGGACUACGCCAAGAAUGGUAACGGCACAACCAGCGGUAUAGGCAGCAGCGUGGGGAAGUACAUGAUCGAUGAGGACCACAUGUCAUUCAUCCACAACCCGAACCUGACCGUCUGCGUGCCCAUCGCUGUGGGAGAGUCUGACUUUGAGAACCUGAACACAGAGGACUUCAGCAGCGAGUCGGAGAAUGAGAACAGCAAAGAGAUGGAUGACACCAGUUCUUCGGAGGGCAGCACCAUCGACAUCAAGCCAGAUGUGGUGGAAGAGGUGGUGGUGGAAACUGUGGAGGAAUACUUGGAUCCAGACGCGUGUUGGACAGAUGGUUGUUUGGCCAAGUUUAAGUGCUGUGUGGUUGACAUUUCUACGGGCUGGUGGAAGAAGUGGUGGUACCUGAGAAAAACCUGCUACCUGAUAGUGGAGCACAACUGGUUUGAGACCGUCAUCAUCUUCAUGAUCCUCCUCAGUAGCGGUGCCCUGGCUUUUGAAGAUGUGUACAUCGAGCAGAGGAAGACCAUUCGGAUCAUUUUGGAGUACGCUGACAGGGUUUUCACCUACAUCUUCAUCCUGGAGAUGUUGUUGAAAUGGGUCGCCUACGGUUUUGUCAAGUAUUUCACCAAUGCUUGGUGUUGGCUAGACUUCUUCAUUGUGGAUGUGUCUAUAGUCAGCCUUGUAGCUAAUGCGCUGGGCUACUCCGAUCUAGGGCCCAUUAAAUCACUCAGGACACUAAGGGCCUUGAGACCCCUCAGAGCCUUGUCACGUUUUGAAGGGAUGAGGGUGGUAGUCAACGCCUUGGUGGGUGCCAUCCCUUCCAUUAUGAAUGUGUUGCUGGUUUGCCUGAUCUUUUGGCUGAUUUUCAGUAUCAUGGGGGUCAACUUGUUUGCGGGCAAGUACUACUACUGUUGGAAUCAUACAGCUGAGGAGUACUUUUCUGUCGACGUGGUCAACAACAAGACCCAGUGUGAGGCCCUCAUUAGUCAAAACUUUACCGAGGUCAGGUGGAGGAAUGUCAAGAUCAACUUUGACAAUGUGGGCGCCGGAUACCUCGCCCUGCUGCAAGUGGCCACAUUCAAAGGUUGGAUGGACAUUAUGUACGCGGCUGUGGAUUCGAGAAAUGUGGAAGACCAGCCCAGCUAUGAAGUCAACAUCUACAUGUACAUCUACUUUGUCGUUUUCAUCAUUUUUGGCUCCUUCUUCACCCUGAACCUCUUCAUUGGUGUGAUCAUUGACAACUUCAACCAGCAGAAGAAAAAGUUUGGAGGCCAGGAUAUAUUCAUGACAGAAGAACAGAAGAAAUAUUACAAUGCCAUGAAAAAACUUGGGUCCAAAAAGCCACAGAAACCUAUUCCUCGACCACAGAACCCGGUCCAAGGCAUGGUGUUUGACUUUGUGACACAGCAAGUCUUUGACAUCUCCAUCAUGAUCCUCAUCUGCCUCAACAUGGUCACCAUGAUGGUGGAAACUGACGAUCAGUCAGAUGAAACAGAGAAUGUCCUCUACUGGGUCAACUUCAUCUUUAUUUUCGUCUUCACCACGGAGUUCCUGCUAAAGCUGUUUGCCCUUCGCCACUAUUACUUCACCAAUGGCUGGAAUAUCUUCGACGUGGUGGUUGUCAUCCUGUCUAUUGUUGGUAUGUUCCUGGCUGAUAUCAUUGAGAAGUAUUUUGUGUCACCGACCCUGUUCAGGGUGAUCAGGUUGGCCCGUAUCGGCCGUAUCCUCCGUCUGAUCAAAAGUGCUAAGGGUAUUCGAACUUUGCUGUUUGCUCUGAUGAUGUCACUGCCGGCCCUGUUCAACAUUGGCCUACUGCUUUUCCUGGUCAUGUUCAUCUUCUCCAUCUUCGGAAUGUCCAACUUUGGCUACGUAAGACACGGAGCGGGAGUUGAUGACUUGUACAACUUUGAGACUUUUGGCAACAGUAUGAUCAUUCUGUUCAUGAUCACCACGUCAGCUGGAUGGGACGGACUGCUGCUGCCGAUCCUCAACUACCCACCAGACUGUGAUCCACUUUUGGAGAACCCUGGUACAUCCGUGAAGGGCGACUGUGGAAACCCCUCAGUGGGAAUCUUCUUUUUUGUAAUGUAUAUCAUCAUUUCUUUCCUGAUUGUGGUCAACAUGUACAUUGCCAUCAUCCUGGAGAACUUCAGCGUAGCCACAGAGGAAAGUGCUGAUCCGCUCAGUGAAGACGACUUUGAGACCUUCUACGAGAUCUGGGAGAAGUUUGACCCCACUGCCUCGCAAUUUAUUACUUUUGCCAAGCUGGCUGACUUUGCCGACACACUUGAGCACCCACUUCGUGUGCCAAAGCCCAACGCUAUAGAACUAAUUGCCAUGGACCUGCCCAUGGUGAGUGGCGAUCGCAUUCACUGCCUGGACAUCCUGUUUGCCUUCACAAAGCGAGUGCUGGGUGACAGUGGUGAGUUGGACAUGCUGAGGCAACAGAUGGAGGAGCGUUUUGUGGCAGCCAACCCCUCGAAGGUGUCGUAUGAACCCAUCACCACCACGCUUCGCCGCAAACAGGAGGAUGUCUCUGCCAGAAUUAUCCAGAAUGCCUACCGCAUCCACCUCAUCCGGCGAGGUAUCAUCUUCAAGCGCCGUACUUUUUCUAACAAUAAGUAUGAGAAUGGAGGGACCAACCAAGAGAAGAAGGAGAGCACACCAUCUACAGCCUCUUUGCCUUCCUACGACAGCGUGACCAAACCUGACAAGGAGAAGCAGGACGAAAACAAGGAGGAGUGGGCCAGAAAAGAGAAGGACAAAAACCAAAAAGAUGAGUGGGAAUCUAAGUGUUAGGGUUCAGUGACUCUCAAAGUCCAUUAAACACACCAAGACGAGAUUCUGAGCCCAAACUCAACAAAUGUAGAAAAAGGGAUCAUUUGCUAGUAAGAAAAAAAAACAUAUAAAAAAAAUGUUUACAGACUGAAUACUGCCGAGGCAAUGUGGUUUCUUAUGUCGUCAUAGACAGCUGAACCAAACACAAUCAGUUUACCACAAAACUUUGCUGCAUAGUGACCAAGUUCAUAGAAAUGAGCAACAAACACAAAAUGACUCGCAGUGUGCUGGCCGAUCACACUCACCUUUUGGGACCAACUGCCACGGCACAGAUAUCUCUGCUAGAUUAUCGAAGAAUUGCAAAUUCCCUGCCACCACCUGAGUGUGGACCCCCGCAGCAACGCUCCAAUGCUGCGGGACUGGAUCAUACAGAUCCAACUAGAACGUUGUUAGCAGUCUAAAGGAGGCUCUGUAAACCAGUGUUUCUCAUCUUUACCAAGAAGAAAACAAUAAUCAUCCUAGAAAAUUAGGAUGGAAACACUAGCGAGAGUGGGGGAAACCCAGAACCGUAGACAAAGAUUUUGUUUUUGUUUGUUUGUGCUGAGUGAACUUGCAUCUUAACAUUAUUUGAGCAGCAAAAAAAAAAACAUUAACCCCAUGUCACUCGUCUUUUCAUCUCCUGUUUGUUAUACUGACAUUGAAAAAUAAAUGUUCUACAUGGGCUUUCACACUGACUGGGUAGGGGGUCAUUAGUCAUUGUUUUGACUUGAGCUGAAGGAGCCUUGCUCAGGCCGAGUUCCAGAUGAUUAAUAAUUAUUGUGCUCGUUCAAUGCAUAGAAAUGACUUGCACAAAGGCAUGUUUUGAUCAGGAAUCAUGCAUGAGCAAUCAUAGUCCACAAGACACAAAUGAUCAGACCACUGCAGUGGCUAGACUUUAGUUUAAGGAUGUCCACUGGGGAAUUGAUUAUAACUUACAAAUUAUGAUUUGGGAUAUAAAAUAUUGGGGGAAUGAUAGUCAUACAUUCCUGCUCUUUAAUACGUGAUAGAUAUUGACUUCAGCCCUUCAUUAACAGUUCAGGUGAAUGAAGAAUGUAAGCACUCAGAGGCAAAGUCUCAGUGAGAUCAGCCAACAACACAAACUAGAAAAUAGUUUUUUUUGCUGCUCUGAAUUUGAGUAAUGUUGAAAGUGUGAAUAUGAGGGAGCAGAUAAUCCUCCCGAUGAGGAUGCACAGAUUUGGAGAGCCAUGCCAGUUUCCCUGAACCAACUCUGGGGCUAACAUCUCUUUGUUUACUUACAUCCAUCAUACAGUCACUCUCCUACUUACCUGUGGUCCCUGUUACGGCAAUGAGAGCAGGUGAAUGUCACGCCAAGGAAUCCAUAGCUGGCACCAGAAAGGGUCUGGUGCUCAAGUGUCAAAAGGUAUUCCCUCUACUGCUGUAGUUCCAGAAGUAGGGACAGACAUAUGGUUUUAUUUUUUAUUUUCCCUUUUGAUACUGUUUUUGUUGGUUUGUUUGGGCUAGUGAAAACUAAAAAACACAUUUUGAUAGAUACAUUGGACAGUAAUCUUACUGUUUCCUUCAUUUCAAGUUCCUAUUUUGUACUCCGUCGGACCCACAUCAGAAUUUUUCAGUGAGGGAUGUUUUAGGUAAUGCUUUUCGGACAAUUUGAGUUGCCAGCUUUAGAUAAAAAAAAAAAAGCCUUGAAGUCCUUCUCUGAUGUCCUUGUGAUGCAAUCAUUCUCAGAAAAAGGAUUUGAUCAGUGCGAGUGACACUGACCAUCUGAAACAGCAGAGUGAGCAGAGAAUUGUCACAAGGACAAGCCUUGUCGUGCCUAGCAUGAAUGGAAGGUGGUUUGGACUGUAGAAUUAAAUGGAAUUUGUCUGAUAUUUCAGGGAGGUGGAUGAGUGAUAAAUAACACAAACUUGGACCAAUACAUAAGUAGAGCCCCUCCCUUCAGGGUUUUAGACUGACUGCCAUGAGGACAAGAGAGAAAUGGAAGAGCUGAAGAAGUGAAUAUUGUUUGGUCUGAGUCAGAGUGCUGAAAGUCCCAUGUUUGUCAGUGUAUCAUUGUGCUUUUGUGGGACCUCUUAAACACUGUGUGGUGUUGGACCCAGGCUCGCACCAUCUUUUCACAUACCUGCAGGCUUUUAAAGUACUAUCACCCGCUUCAAAAACAACUAGCCAGAGAUGGAGGUAGUAAAGUGAACACUUGCCAAGAUUUAACAUCAGCAGGCCUCACAUCAACGCGGCUAUGUUGUAUAAUGAGCUUGUGGGUGUUUUUCAUAAAAAUAAAACCUGAGGCUUUGUCAAGUGGUAGACAAGACACAACUGCCUACUUAGGUGUUCCUGCCAUUUAUUUUCUACACAGGAGUGAUGGUCCUAUUUAUAAUUGGAUGACUGGACAUACAUCUGGCAUCCUUUGUCACACCACUAAUGCCAUUUGGUGUGUUUAACACUGCCUGUACCUGAACCCCCUGUCUGUAACAAUAACUGAAGUCUGUUUACAAUAUGAGGUCUCCAAAUCAGUUUGGCUGCUGCACACUGAAACCAAAUACAUUCCCAAUGAGAACCACACGAGAAGUGAGUAAUGUCAUCCAAUGUAUCCACGUUCAUCUUGGAUGUAAUGUUUUAGAAUGAUACGUUCACACUUGAAAAAAACAACAAGAAAAAAAACAAGCAAAAAAAGGCAACAAAUAAAACACAAAAACCUAUAUAUGUACAGUGCAGGCUAUGAUGUAAAUGGCACAAUCGCUGAAAAGAACAAACUUUUUGAGAGAAACUAUAAAUAUUGUAUUAUAUUCUUUUAUUUUAUCGGCAUGCUUUGUUGUGUUUUUUGUAAAUAUGGAAUAAAAAAAAAUGUUACUACUAAUAAUCAAAAAAUGAAUAAUAACAAUAAUAUAGAAUGGCUUCCAGCUAUGCCCUUUGUCACAUUUGUUACCUUUUUGGAUUUUUUGAGACACUUUUCACUUUGUUGACGGAAAUUGAAUGAAAUAUAGAUAUUAUAUAAUACAAAAGAUAUAUACAUGUAUACAUAUAUGUCUAUAUGUAUAUACAUAAAACAGAAGAACACUGUUUGUCACAUUUGAUUUAUGUGCAACACGUUCAGUGGAUGUCUAAAAACUGGUUGUUUCCAGCACCCUUCUAUGUUGGGGGAUAGCUCAUGUGCGAUGUUACUGGAGCUGCUUGCCAUGGAUUGUAGCCUGAUCAUGAUGAAAGGAUAAUGUUACCAGCACAUUUCUCACUUCCUGUCAUAUCUCUCCCUUUCACUGAGUAUACAGGACACACCCACAGUCACGGACACUAAAACACACACAGGUGACUCCUCACUGCCAACCAAUGUUACCAGGGAUCUCCCUGAGACGGUACCUACGCCCAGGGCCUUUUCCCAUACCCACACAUCAGUGCCAUUACAGGUCAACAUGCAUACAACCAUGUACUUGCUUCUCAUCCUCACAUUUAUUUUGUUGAAUGGUUUGUUUCUAAUGUUCCACUCAAUGGCAUGUGCCUUUUUCUGCUUUUUCUGCGAAUUUGGAUGUCAAUUCCACACUGAAAAAAAAAAGAAACGGUCCAAACUGUGGAGGGUGGAGGUUUGGGGGUGAGCACAACAUUUAUCAGGGAUGUCGAGUCAGAACUACUGCCGGAGGAUCAUCCAGAGACAACCCACUUCAUCUUAAUAUUCAACAGUGUGUCAUGUUAACAGAAAACAGCUAAAUGUCCUGUUCUUAGUGCUAUGUGUGUCACCCACUUGGCUUGUGAAAAAGCAGCUUGCCUUCUAUAUUUCCGUUUUAUUUCUUCAAUGUUUCUGUUUCCAUCUGAAAUUUAUUUUUGUAUCAAUAUUUGACUAUAGGACUCAUUCUUUUUUAGCAUGGUUUAUUAUGGGCGUUUUUUUUUUUUUUGCUGAAAAAUUAAAAAGUGCUUUUCAAACUGUUGUUAUCAUUUGACACCGUGAUAAAAGAGGAUAUACAGUACUAUAUGAUAGUGUGUUGCACAACCACUUGGACUCAUGGUAAGAAUAUAUGAAAGAUUGUCUUCAUUUGAGCACGAACCUUUUUAUUACCAAUAAAGCAGCCUUCCAGUUA